AUGAGUCGAAAGAGGAAGGAGCCAUGCACCACGUCUUCGGAGCCAAGGUCAAGAAUUAAUGAUGCUAGGUGGGAUUUUCCACGGGUCUCUUUAUUCAUUAAAUUGAUGUAUGACCAUUACAAGAAAGGACAACUUAUCUCAUUUACAUUUAGUGAGCAAAUUUGGUGUGAAAUAGGUGUUGAGUUGUAUGAACGUAAUAGAACACAAUACACCGUGGCGCAACUUAAGGGCAAGGCCAACAGGUUUCGGAUGCUUUGGCGUCAGUUUUAUGAUUUGGUAUAUAAACGGACUGGCUUUGGUUGGGAUCCAACUACGUAUACUGUCACUGCCAGUGAGGAUCGUUGGACUGAAUGGAUAGCGGCUAAUCCGAGAGAGUUUGGCUUGAGAAAGAAGAGUCUUCCUCAUUUUGAUUUAUGUACUGAGAUGUUCUCUACUUCUGUAGCCACAAGCAAUAUUGCCCGUUCCUCCGCCAUACCUCAUUUCAACAACAAUGGCGAUGAUGAGUUGAUGUAA